AUGUCUUCGGGGAGGCACGGGGCCUGGACAACGACUGAGAAGAGGAAGGGGGAUAUGCCGCCACUACUUUUCAAAGGUAAAUACCACGCGGCCCGCUCCUCGGUGGCCACGCUCAUGCAGCGUCCGCGGGUCUCUGCUCGGACCCGUGACUGCGCGGUGGGUUCGGACGUGAGACCCGCCUCCUGCCCCCUUCACCCGCCAUGUGACUGCAUCCCGCGGUGGCUGCAGCCGUCAGCUGUCCGCCUGUUUCAGCAGACAUUCCUUCGCGAAGGUCCCUCCGCCAAGGCUCGGCGCCGAGGGGGCAGGACGCUUUGCCCCUGGGGGUUUCCCCACCAAAGAGGCGGGGAGCCUGACUUAGGCAAUACUGACCCCACGUCCGUUCAGACUGUGGGGAGCCGGGAGCGAGAGGCUUCCAUCUCGCGCCUCUUGAACCUCAGCUUGGACUUGGUUGGCUCCCAAGGCCGAGCAGAGGCAGGAGGAAAAAGCCUUCGAGAAACCAGUCAGACAUCGCGCGCCGGGAACCGGUCUGGGAACCCUACGGUGCGGCCCCCAAACUCUACCAUACGCCGAGAUGGGGCGGGACUGGGGACCGCUGUUCCGCGCAUUCCUACUACUCCUGCUAGCGCGACUGCCUUUGCCAGGUUCCAGCUACCAUUAGGGACUGUGUGUGGAGAAAGUAACCAGCCUUGGGUCCUGGAGCUGAUAAAUUGCUUUAAUCACAAAGAAUGUGGCAUCAUGAGGAGUCAGGCCCACCAGAAGCAUUUACCUCUGCCCAACACUCAGGCUUCUGAGCUCACAGAGCAGGCAUCUUCAAACAUAGGUACCCCUGCCCAGACGGACCUGCCAUCCACUCUACAGUCCACCCAACAGCCCACCUUUCCAGCAACAGCACUUGCCUUGGACAGAGGCCUCAGCUACUCCAGUGAAACUGUCACUCCCACUACAGAUCACAAUCUGGGGGCUGGGCCUGAGGCUGGGGAGAACCAGAAGCAGCUGGAAAGCAGUGUGGAUCCUCCAGCUGGGACGUCAGCCAUAGUGCCAGUGCUGUCUCUCCUGGCCAUCGUCUUCAUUCUUACUGCAGUCCUCCUUUAUGUGCUGCAGAAGAAGAGGAAGCAGUCAAGGCCACACUUCUCAGGUAAAUUGCAUCUCUGA